UGUCAAAAUGAGCGGUUGCAUAAUUUUCGUCGGUGAAUAAAAAAAAGUGUGAAACUAGUGUAAAAAUGGUAAUGCGUCGGGCGGUAUUUUUGCGUAUUAGAUGACGGCAGUGCGUCCUUCGCCUUGUAAAAGUCGGAAUCCCCGCUCCCGUGCAAAUGUCAAAUUGAAAGAGCAACGCCAACUGUAACACUGAGCACUGGUUUAAUGGUCACCAGCAGGAAGUGGCACUUGGGCAUGUGUCGUCUUUGAGAAGAAGAUCAUCGAGAGUAUUAUCGCGGCGGUGACUCGAGGGCGCCGAACCCGGAACUGCCAAAUAGUCGCGAAAAUGGCACGUGACGCCCUAACUCCUAGGGGUGCAUCUCACUGUUGGCGCUCCGACCCGGCUUCGAAUCAAGUCGCCGGCCAACUGUCUGAACCGCGGUUGUCGGAACGGAUUGCGCUGCGCUCCGUCGCCCCCGCAGCCCCACCAUCGCACGGUGCAUACGCAUCGCCUUCGUUCGUCGCGACGGAGAAUGCACCGUCGAGACGCAUCAGGGGAAGUGGGGCACCGACACCGAAAACGAGACGUCGCCGAGAGUCGAUAGGGCGACGCGACGCGACGCGACGCUACAAGCGUCCACACGCGAUGGACGACAACAGACAAUAUUAUUGACACCUGACAAUUGCACAACCGAAAUUCGGAGAAAAAACGCAAACUGAUUGCAAUUUUAUGGUUGGCAGAAAUUGCAAGAACGUUACUCUAGCCUCGGUUUUGCACAUUUUUACGUGAUUAUCGAAGGUUAUGUGCGUGAUUUUUGUUCGGUGGAUCUAUUCACUGGGACAAUUAGCCAAUUU